UAAGCGUUUAACUUAUAACCACAGCUGUAAUUUAUCCUUUUGUAGAUCUGCUUUCAUCCUGGGUUAAGGUUAAAUGUCAGAGGGAAUGUUAGAGUAUAUCCAUUUGGUAAAGACUAUGAAAUCAGAGACUCAGAUGAAAUGAGAAAGCAUGCCAUUAUGGCUGAGUUCACUCAAACAGAGGUCGGAUAAGAGUGCCUAGCUAAGUGCACAUGUCUAAGUACUUUGUGUGGAUGUUGAUAUCAACUAGCAAAUCUAGUGUACAUCUGAAUAAAUAAUUUUGUAAUACACAGUCAGUACUAGAUUGCUUAUUCAUUUUUUGAACAAGAUAUCACCUCAAAAUUAUUAUUAAUUUAUGUAUAUGGUACUACAUGGAAAUAACUGCACAAUCUUUUGCACUUUAUUUACAAGAAAAAAGCUAGUCCAAAUAUCAUUAUUCUUUCUGUGUAUAAAUUUUAAUAUUCUGGUUGACCACAGGUAUUUGGAAUAAAAGGUUUCUCAGUUCUACAUAAUUAUAUAAGUCUCCCAGAAGGGUGUCCUGUUGAUUAUAUGCACUGCAUUCUCCAAGGUACAGGAAAAUGGAUCAUUCAAGCCAUCUUGAAUUCCAAGAACAAAGACACCCCAUACUAUCUGAAACCUAGGCAACAAAAGAUUCUAAAUGAGAAAUUAAGUAAAAUCGCUGUUCCUCAUGACAUGGACAGAAAACCCAGAAGUUUAGAUCAUAUCAAAUACUGGAAAGCAAUAGAAGUUCAACACUUUCUUUUGUACUUUGGAUUGCCAUUGCUGAAAGGAAUGCUUCAUGAAAAAUACUUUCAUCACUUUGCCUUACUAACUUCAGCAACGUAGAUAGAGAGAUUAUGCUGGCUGAGGGGCUCAUUAACUCUUUCUGCCGCCUUUUGAAACCACUUUAUGAUGGCUACUAACUAUCUAAUUGAGAAAGGUAUACAUCCUCUACAAAGACAGCUCCAAGAUGUUGCUGAUGAUGAAGUGAAAUCAUUCUCAACAAAUUUGUCAUUGUCUAAAGCAAGGUCACAUUGGACACCUGUAGCAGCAACAGUUUUCUUCUCUGAAACUGUGAAUAGGACUGCAACAGUUGAAGAGAUUGCUGCAAUUAGUGAUAGCUUGAUAGCUGAUGAAGUUCCACCUUUGCGACCUCGUACAGACCAUCUGUCUGUUGCUGAAAGGUCAAAAAUCGAUGACUGCAUUUACCACUCUGAAUUGUAUCGAAGGAAAGGGAAGUCUUGCAGCUCCAUAAUACAGUACCAUGAUACAAGAACAAACAAUGCCUGUUAUGGAAAAGUCCAAUCAUUCAUAUCUCUUAAUGGAUCUUAUCCCUUUGCAAUAAUAAAGCGUUACACUGUUGUGAAUACAACAAUUUGCAACAGUAAUAUCAGCCAACCUGAUGGCCAACUUGUUUCCAGGUUUGUUAAUGCUGGGUAUCUGGUAAGCUAUCAUAUUCCAGUGAAUGGUCCUCCUGACAUAGUACUGCAUGCAAUACAUUGCCAGACAAUUACAGCAAAGUGCAUACAAGUGGAAGUCGAUGAUGCAAUUGUGCAGGGGUAUCUCACACCUGUACUAGAUUUUAAUUGUAAAUAGAUACAGCAACAUUUAAUAUAUAAUUGAUUGGAAAAUACAGGUAUAUACAUUCUGUAGUUUACAUAUUGUAUAUAAUAUUGAAUUAAAAAGCUAUUGUCAUUUAAUCAUUUCUUAGUACUUUCAAUAAAUAUUGAGCUCAUCUGUACAUUGAUUUGUUGCUACAUCCUUGAAAUCUUGCAAUUUUGUUUAACUGUUCACGCUUGCGCAUGAUUGAACAGAAUAGUUUAAUUAAAAA